AUGGCUACGUCGGCGGUGAAGGUGUACGGGUGGGCUAUCUCGCCGUUCGUGUCGCGGGCUCUGCUGGCCCUGGAGGAGGCCGGCGUCGACUACGAGCUCGUCCCCAUGAGCCGCCAGGCCGGCGACCACCACCGCCCGGAGCACCUCGCCAGGAACCCUUUCGGGAAGGUGCCGGUGCUCGAGGACGGCGACCUCACGCUCUUCGAAUCUCAUGCGAUCGCGAGACAUGUUCUCCGCAAGCACAAGCCAGAGCUGCUAGGCACCGCAACCUGGAGCAGCGGCACUUUGGUGGACGUGUGGUUUGAGGCCGUCGUCGACGAGAAUGUAGAGAAGCUCAAGAAGGUGCUCGAGGUGUACGAGGCACGACUGAGCAAGUCCAAGUACCUCGCCGGCGAUUUCCUUAGCCUCGCCGACCUCAGCCACUUCACCAUCAUGCACUGCUUCAUGGCCACCGAGUAUGCCGCUCUAGUCGAGGCGCUCCCGCACGUCAGCGCCUGGUGGGAGGGCCUCGCGGCACGCCCGGCGGCCAAGAAGGUGGCGGAGUUCAUGCCGGUUGGUACGGCCGGGGCAUCCAAGAAACAUGAGUGA